AUGAUGUACUCCUCCAAUGUUGCCAAGGCCUUGUCACUAGGGACACUCAUGUUUGCUUCCACCGGCUACUGUGGUCAAAAGCUCAAUGCUGUCUGGAGCAGCGGGAGUUAUUCAACCAUAUCUCCACCCUCGGGUAGCGCCAUGAUCGGACACGACAGCGGCUUCUCUCUUCUCAAGGAAGACGGAUCCCAGGUCUUCAACACUGAUUACCCCGACGGCUAUUCUCCGUGUAUGGGUGGAGAUGGGGCUCUUUAUUCCCUCACUGGCGGAUGCUUGGAAGAGGGAGCAGAGCUCCAAUUCUACUGCUAUACACACGCCGAAUUGCCAGACAACUGUGCCGUUCGAGACAAGGACGGCAAUGAUAUUGCUACCGGAGAAGGUCAGGAUGACACAAAUUUUAUUGGUAUUGCUAUCAGUAUCGAUGGAUAUUGCGGCGUGUCUUUUGAACUUGCUGAUGGCGUCGAUUGUGAACCCGGCGUGACUGGAUUCGAGAUGAAAAAGAUCCACGGGGCUUAA